ACAUCUGUCCAGCAUGGUCCUGACAAAUGGCGACAGUUUGCACGAAAGCCAGAAGGAGGAACCCAAGCAGAACGGCCACAAAGAGCCCAGCCACACAGAAGAGGGCAACGACCAAGAGGUCAUCGUCAUCCAGGACACGGGCUUCACCGUGAAAAUCCAUGCGCCGGGAGUGGAGCCGUUUCCGUUGCAAGUCUCCCCCCAAGAGAUGGUCCAGGAGAUCCACCAAGUUUUGAUGGAUCGUGAGGACACCUGCCACCGGACUUGCUUCUCCCUGCAGCUGGACGGCAACGUCCUGGAUAACUUUGCCGAGCUGAAGACAAUCGAAGGGCUUCAGGAGGGCUCCUUGCUGAAAGUAGUGGAAGAGCCAUACACAGUCCGAGAAGCCCGGAUACACGUCCGUCACAUCCGGGACCUUCUGAAGAGCCUCGAUCCCUCGGACGCUUUCAAUGGCGUGGACUGUAACUCACUGUCGUUCCUCAGCGUCUUCACAGAAGGAGAUCUGGGAGACAGUGGCAAGCGAAAGAAGAGAGCUACUGAAAUGGAGCAGAUUGACUGCACCCCCCCAGAACAUAUCCUGCCUGGUGGCAAAGAGAGACCCCUCUGUCCCCUCCAGCCCCAGAACAGAGACUGGAAGCCUCUGCAGUGCCUAAAGGUUUUGACCAUGAGUGGCUGGAACCCCCCGCCAGGCAACCGCAAAAUGCACGGAGACCUCAUGUACCUGUAUGUCAUCACAGUGGAAGACCGGCACGUCAGCAUCACAGCAUCCACCCGAGGGUUUUACCUCAAUCAGUCUACGGCAUACAACUUCAACCCCAAGCCAGCCAACCCGAGCUUCCUAAGCCAUUCCCUGGUAGAGCUGCUAAACCAGAUCAGCCCCACCUUUAAAAAAAACUUCGCCACCCUGCAGAAGAAACGGGUUCAGAGGCACCCGUUUGAGCGGAUAGCCACCCCCUUCCAAGUGUACAGCUGGACGGCUCCCCUGGCUGAGCACGCCAUGGACUGUGUGAGGGCCGAAGACGCCUAUACCUCCCGGCUGGGCUAUGAGGAGCACAUCCCAGGCCAGACCAGAGAUUGGAACGAAGAACUGCAAACCACCAGAGAACUGCCACGUAAAAACCUGCCGGAGAGGCUGCUGAGGGAACGGGCCAUUUUUAAGGUCCACAGCGACUUCACGGCAGCCGCCACAAGAGGUGCGAUGGCCGUCAUAGAUGGGAACGUGAUGGCCAUCAACCCCAGUGAGGAGACCAAGAUGCAGAUGUUCAUCUGGAACAAUAUCUUCUUCAGCUUGGGCUUUGACGUCCGUGACCACUACAAGGACUUUGGCGGGGACGUCGCCGCCUAUGUGGCCCCGACCAAUGACCUCAACGGGGUCCGGACGUACAAUGCGGUGGACGUUGAGGGGCUGUACACGCUGGGAACUGUGGUAGUCGACUACAGAGGCUACCGGGUGACGGCCCAGUCUAUCAUCCCGGGCAUCCUGGAGCGCGAGCAGGAGCAGAGCGUGGUCUACGGCUCGAUAGACUUCGGCAAGACGGUCGUUUCUCACCCCAAGUAUCUGGAGCUGCUGGAGAAGACCAGUCGGCCCUUGAAGAUCCAGAAGCACCAGGUGCUGAAUGACAGGAGUGAGGAGGUGGAGCUGUGCUCCUCGGUGGAAUGCAAAGGCAUCAUUGGCAAUGACGGGCGCCACUACAUUCUUGACCUACUCCGCACUUUCCCCCCGGACCUGAACUUUUUGCCCGUGGAGGGAGAGGAGAUGCCCGAAGAGUGUCAGAAAAUGGGCUUCCCCAAACUGCACCGGCACAAGCUUUGCUGCCUCCGGCAAGAGCUGGUGGACGCUUUUGUGGAGCACAGGUAUCUCCUGUUCAUGAAGCUGGCCGCCCUGCAGCUCAUGCAGCAGAAGGCCAACAAGCAGGAGAGCAGCAGCGGCUCCCUGGAAAACGGCAGCGGCCCCACACACCCCUUUCCAGAGAGCGGGAUGGAGGAUGGGAAGGAGUCCCCAUUGGGAGAGGGCAAGGCGGAAGAGAACGUGGCUGGGCUGGACCAGGUGAAGGAGCUCACGGAGACCAUAGCGUCCGACGAUGGAGCGGUGGACCCCAAAAGCAGGGAGGUGAUUCAGAAUGCCUGCAAGGCCGUUGGCUCCAUCAGCAGCAUGUCCUUUGAUAUUCGCUUUAAUCCAGACAUCUUCUCCCCAGGGGUCCGCUUUCCUGAAUCGAGCAAAGACCAGAUCCGGGAUCAGAAGCAGUUGCUGAAGGAUGCAGCAGCUUUCCUUGUGUCGUACCAAAUUCCAGGCUUGAUCAAAGACUGCCUUGACCACACCAUGCUGCCAAUGGAUGGCGCCACCUUGGCAGAAGCCAUGCACCAGCGGGGCAUCAACAUGCGCUACCUGGGCAAAGUGGUUGACUUCAUCACCAAGACCCCUGCCCGGACUCAGCUGGAUCACGUCUAUAAAAUAGGUAUCACGGAACUGAUCACUCGGUCGGCCAAGCACAUCUUCAAGACAUACCUUCAGGGAGUGGAGCUGUCCGGUUUGUCAGCCGCCAUCAGCCACUUCCUCAACUGCUUCUUGAGUUCCUUCCCGAACCCGGUUGCUCACCUUCCCACGGACGAGCUGAUCUCCAAGAAGAAGAACAAGAGGAGAAAAAACCGGAACUUAGGCAACGCUGACAACACCGCCUGGGCCAGCAUGAGCCCCCAGGAGCUGUGGAGGAGCAUUUGUGCAGAAGCCAAGGCUUACUUCAACUUCGACCUGGAAUGUGAGAGUGCUGACCAGGCAGGGGAGGAGUACAGUCUGCAGAAGACCACCCUCCUUCGUGAGAUCUCCCUCAAAACUGGAAUCCAGAUCCUGCUGAAAGAGUACAAUUUUGAUAACCGGCACAAACCGACCUUCACUGAGGAGGACAUCUUGAACAUCUUUCCCGUUGUCAAACACGUCAAUCCCAAAGCCUCCGAUGCAUUUCACUUCUUCCAGAGUGGGCAAGCAAAAGUCCAGCAAGGUUUCUUGAAAGAGGGCUGUGAGCUCAUCAGUGAAGCCUUAAACCUGUUCAACAACGUGUACGGCGCGAUGCACGUGGAGAUCUGUGCCUGCCUGCGGCUCCUGGCGCGCCUGAAUUACAUCAUGGGAGACUACUCAGAGGCCUUAAGUAAUCAACAGAAAGCGGUGCUCAUGAGCGAGAGGGUGCUCGGCAUUGAGCACCCCAACACCAUUCAAGAAUAUAUGCACCUUGCAUUGUAUUGCUUUGCAAACAGCCAGCUCUCCACGGCGCUCAACCUACUGUAUCGCGCCCGCUACCUCAUGCUCUUGGUGUUUGGAGAAGAUCACCCAGAAAUGGCCCUCUUGGAUAACAAUAUUGGACUGGUCCUCCACGGGGUGAUGGAGUAUGACCUCUCUCUCCGGUUCCUGGAGAACGCGCUGCUGAUCAACUCAAAGUACCAUGGCGCCAAAUCCCUGAAAGUGGCACUCAGCCACCACUUGGUCGCCCGCGUGUACGAGAGCAAAGCUGAGUUCCGGUCGGCUCUGCAGCACGAGAAGGAAGGCUACACAAUCUACAAAAAUCAGCUUGGUGAGCAUCACGAGAAGACCAAAGAAAGCUCAGAGUACUUGAAAUACCUGACUCAACAGGCCGUGGCCUUGCAGCGCACAAUGAAUGAGAUCUAUAAGAAUGGUUCCAAUGCUAACAUCAUGCCCUUGAAGUUCACAGCGCCCAGUAUGGCCAGCGUCCUGGAGCAGUUGAACAUCAUCAACGGGAUUCUCUUCAUUCCUCUAAGCCAAAAGGACUUGGAGAACCUUAAAGCGGAGGUACAGCGACGCCAGCAGCUCCAAGAGGCACUCAAGAGUGGAGAUCAGUUGGAGUCCGAAGAAAAAUCCCCACCAGAGAAAGCCUCUGAGCCAAGCCUGCCUUUGGCUGAAGCCCCCUAG